AUGGCGAGCGAUCCAGACAAGCAAGACUUCUCUCACAAAGUCGAGCACCAUGACACGAUCCCAGCCGACCCGGAGAAGUCGCCCAUCAUGGACUCGGAAAGCGAAGGCGAAGUGACGCUCAAGACCAAAUUAGCCGUGCUCUCUCUCAUCUUCAUGUACGAGUCGUACUUGUUUACGUUGGUCAUGCCAGCAGCAGUCCUAACGUAUAUUGACGCCGACCUUGGGCCAGAUGCACGAUACCCGUGGAUUGCAAUUACAUGGAACCUCGGAGCCGCCAUCAUCGUCAGUGUAGGCGGCAGACUAUCAGACAUAGCCGGCCGCCGAUGGUUCCUCAUGUUCGGCGCCAUCUCCGCCGCCGUAGGGGCCCUCGUCGGCGCCACGGGACAAUCCAUCACCCAGAUGAUCGUCAGCGGCAUCAUCUUUGGCAUUGGCGGCGGCUUCCAAGAGAUGUGCUUCGCCUGCGCGCAAGAGCUGGUGCCGAACAAGUAUCGCUUCCAAACGCUGGGUAUCAUGAUCCUCGCCAACCACUUCAGCUCCUUCUCGCCGCUGAUCGGCUACGUCUUCAUCGCCUACACCAAGAUCGGCUGGAGGGCGUGCUACUGGUGGUGCUUCGCCUGGGAGGUGGUGACGGCCGUGAUGCUGUACUUCUUCUACCACCCGCCGACGUUUGAGACCAAGCACAAGGACGACCACAAGACGAAGUGGCAGCUGGUCAAGGAGAUUGACUACGUCGGCCUCAUCCUCUUCGCCGGCGGGUGUCUGCUCCUACUGCUGGCUCUGAACUGGGGCAACGGAAUCCACCCCUGGAACAGCGCGUGGAUCAUCGCGCCUCUUGUUGUUGCCUGCGUCUGCUUCAUCGCGCUGGGUUUCUGGGAGGUGUACGCGCCGCUACCAUAUCCCAUCCUCCCACCGCAUCUGUUCCGAGAGUGGCGCCGAUUCACAGCCUUCCUGGUCGUCUGCUUCGUCGCCGGAAUGCUGUACUACAGCCUCAAUGUGAUUUGGCCGCGCCAGUCCGGCCUGCUGUGGGUUCCUGCGGACAAGCCGAUUAUCCGCGGCGUAUACGCCAACAUGGUGUCGUUUGGCACCAUCAUCGCGGGCUGGUACUGUGUCAGCUUGAUGCCGUGGCUCCAGCACGAGAAAUGGCAACUCGUCGGCUGCAUUGUCAUCCAGACGUCGCUGAUCGGUUCCUUGGCGUCCGUAGGGCUCGCUGACAAGGCCCAGGCCAUCGGCACAGUCAUCGCCGUGUCGUCGGUCAACCUCCCCCCGUCGCCGCUCUCGUUUGGCAUGGUGUCAUUACACCUGGCUGACCAGACUGACAUCGGCAUUGGCGUCGGUCUCAUCAGCACCUUUCGCCUCAUCGGCGGUGCCGUGGCAACCGCAAUCUACACGUCCAUCCAGACAAGCGAGUUCGCCAAGCUGCUCCCGGGCCAAGUCCGCGCCGCCGCCGAAAACACCAACUAUGGCGGAUCCAUCGAGUCCCUCGUCGCGGCGGCAAAGGCAAACACGCCUGCAGCGUACAGUGCCAUCGAAGGAAUCACCAACUCCACGAUAGCAGCAGUGCAGCAUGCGGUCUUGGUAUCCAACUCCAAGUCCUACCGUAUCGUAUAUCUAGUGGCCAUUGCGUUUGGGUGUGUGGCUAUUGCUGCGGCGUUGAGCGUGAAGUCGAUCGACAGAUCGCAACGGUCUAAUGCGGUUGCUGCCAAGUUAGAGACUGAGAAAUUUGAGAUAGCUAAAGGGAGUGACGAAAGUGUCAUUAGAUAG